CACGCCUUCUUCUCUCUCCGUCUCUGCACACCUUCUUCCACGUAUUACACAAAGACGAAAAAUACACACAAAUCUCCAAUUUACACACUAAUCUAUUGCCUCUCCCCUGUUUCUCUCUCUGGAUCUUCACCUCGUCUCUGCCGAUUUCCCCCAAUUUCUCGAACCCUAAACCCAAAUCUGCUCCCAAUUUGCAACCCCGCCCCCAAACUUCAUCAAAUCGAUCCAAUUCUCUUCAAUCCUAAGCGUUUUCAAAGCUGGAGCAGCUAAAGACAAUCGGCCGGGAGCUCGCGAUGGGCUCCCAAGGCGGAUUCGGCCAGUCCAAGGAGUUCCUCGACCUCAUCAAAUCAAUCGGCGAGUCUCGAUCCAAGGCCGAGGAAGACCGCAUUGUAUUGCGCGAAGUGGAGACUCUCAAAGUUAGGUUGAACGACCCCAACACCCCUAAAUACAAGCUCAAGGAGUACAUAAUCCGCCUCCUCUAUGUCGAGAUGCUCGGCCACGACGCCUCCUUCGGGUACAUCCACGCUGUGAAGAUGACGCACGACGAGAAUUUGCUGCUCAAGAGAACUGGAUACCUGGCGGUGACGCUGUUUCUGAAUGAGGAUCAUGAUUUGAUCAUUUUGAUCGUGAACACGAUACAGAAGGACUUGAAGAGUGAUAAUUUUUUGGUCGUUUGCGCGGCAUUGAAUGCGGUGUGUAGGUUGAUCAAUGAGGAGACGAUUCCGGCGGUUCUGCCGCAGGUUGUGGACCUGUUAGGGCACCAGAAGGAGGCGGUGAGGAAGAAGGCUGUCAUGGCUCUUCACCGGUUUUCUCAAAAGGCUCCUGGGUCGGUUUCCCAUCUUGUUUCCAAUUUCCGCAAGAAACUUUGUGAUAAUGAUCCUGGGGUCAUGGGUGCUGCUCUUUGCCCGCUAUUUGAUCUUAUUAAUGCUGAUGUUGAUAAAUAUAAGGACCUGGCGGUUAGUUUCGUAAACAUUCUUAAGCAAGUAGCUGAGCGCAGACUACCAAAGAGUUAUGACUAUCAUCAGAUGCCUGCUCCAUUCAUUCAGAUCAAAUUAUUGAAAAUUCUGUCCCUACUGGGUACUGGUGACAAGAAGGCCAGUGAACAAAUGUACACAAUUGUUGGUGACAUAAUGAGAAAAUGCGAUUCAACAAGCAAUAUUGGGAAUGCCAUUCUUUAUGAGAGCAUUUGUUGUGUUUCAUCAUUACACCCCAACCCAAAGUUGCUUGAAGCUGCUGCUGAUGCCAUUGCAAAAUUUCUAAAAAGCGACAGCCACAACCUGAAGUAUCUCGGUAUUGAUGCUCUUACUCGACUAAUAAAGAUAAACCCAGAAAUAGCUGAGCAACAUCAACUGGCUGUAAUUGAUUGCUUAGAGGACCCAGAUGACACCUUAAAGCGAAAGACAUUUGACCUGCUCUACAAAAUGACCAACUCAUCGAAUGUAGAAGUAAUUGUGGACCGUAUGAUUGAGUAUAUGAUAAGCAUUAAUGAUAGUCAUUACAAAACUGAAAUAGCUUCAAGAUGUGUUGAACUUGCCGAACAAUUUGCUCCAAACAACCAAUGGUUCAUACAGACCAUGAAUAAAGUAUUUGAGCAUGCAGCGGAUCUGGUGAAUGCUAAAGUUGCACAUAAUUUGAUGAAAUUGAUUGCAGAGGGAUUUGGAGAGGAUGAUGAUACUGCAGAUAGUCAGCUUAGAUCAUCUGCUGUGGAGUCUUACCUUAGAAUUAUGGGAGAGCCAAAACUACCUUCUGCUUUUCUUCAAGUAAUUUGUUGGGUCUUAGGAGAAUAUGGGAUUGCAGAUGGUAAAUAUUCUGCCUCAUACAUCAUUGGGAAGUUGUGUGAUGUUGCAGAGGCACACCCCGAUGAUGAUACAGUGAAGGCAUAUGCAGUGACAGGAAUAAUGAAGAUAUAUUCAUUUGAAAUAGCAUCUGGGAAGCCCGUGGACUUACUGCCACACUUUUCUUACGGAAUAUCAAGUGUAAGCGAUUUCAGGGGUCACGAAGAACACGAACCAUCCACACAUGCUCUUAGGUUUGAGGCCUACGAGUUGCCUAAACCAUCUUCGCCUCAUAAUAUUCCUCCAGUAUUAGCAUCCUCCACUGAGCUUGUUCCUGUUGAGCCAUCAUAUGUAGUUGAUAUCCUGCAUCCUACUUCUGCUCCGUCUGCUUCUGAUGCUGGGUCAUCGGAACUGAAACUGCGGCUUGACGGGGUUCAGAAGAAGUGGGGACGGCCUACUUACUCCUCUCCAGCACCAUCUAGUUCAAGCAACGACCUGGUGAAGGUUCAAAAUGAGGCACCCAGACCAGACUCAGCAAGCAGUUCAAAACCUAAAACGCGUGAUACGUCUUAUGAUUCAAGAAAGCAGCAAACUGAAAUCCCUCCAGAAAAGCAAAGACUCGCUGCAUCACUUUUCGGGGGCUCAUCAAAAUCUGAGGGCAGACAGCCUCCUAGCCAGAAGAAUUCAAAAACUCAGAACCACACUUCAGAUAGGUCUCGCUCAUCGAAGGCUUCAGCUCCCGACUCUAUUGUAAAAUCAUCCCAGCCACCUCCAGACUUGCUGGACUUAGGUGAACCAUCUAUUGCUAGCAGCGUACCAUCAGUAGAUCCUUUCAAACAAUUUGAAGGCCUUUUUGAUUUCACACAAGAAACAACCCCAGCAAGUACUGGUGGAGUUGAUGGUGCUUCUAAAGAUUCCGACUUCACAUCUCUUUUUGCGGACAUGUCUCUAUCUGCCCAGAGUCAUAUUGAUCCGAACCCAGAAUCGAAUGGUUUUGGGGGAAGUAAAGUCGAACCUUCAUCACCCCAAUUGAACAAGGGGCCAAAUUUGAAGGAAGCUUUGGAAAAGGACGCGCUUGUAAGACAAGUGGGCGUGACACCAUCUGGGCAGAACCCCAACUUAUUUAAAGAUUUACUAGGCUAGAUUUUUGUGUGAGAACCUGGAUACAUUAAUUGAGUUGGAUUCGCCGAGGAUAGUUCUACACCUUGGUUUGUUAGCCACUGCGAACAAGGAUGCAAUCUAUUGACAGGUCAGGAGAAGCAGCCCUCUGGUGUUGGUAGCAGUUUCAGCUCUACUCUAUACUGAUGAUUGCUGGGAUCAUUCCGGUAUGUAGCAAAUUCAGUAAGUACAGGUUUUUCAAAUGUCGAUACGCCUUUAUCGUCCCAUGUUUAAAAGCUCGGAACAAUUUUUGAUACAUUAAAGGGAGUGCCGGAGACGCAUGUUGUGUCUUUAUUUCACGACGUAAUAAAAGUACUGCUGUUAUAUAGUCUUCAGCUGUUAUUUAUAAAACACAGCUUCAUUUCACAAAAACUCAGGUGGUUUAUGCUUUAUGUUGUUAUC